AUGAAAAUUCUAAAAAAGGCAGAUUUAUUUGGAGUUCCUUUUGUAUAAAAUAUUGAUCAUCAAUAAACAAAAUACAAGAGUACACUUGGGGGAAUAAUAACGAUUAUAAUAUUAACAGUAAGUUUAGCUUAUGUAUUUUGGAUUGGUUACCUCUGGUAAACUAAUAAGAUGAGCCCAAAAAUAUCCCGUUAAAAUUAUGUAUCUGACUAUUCUUUGUUAGACUUGAGCGAAGAAGUUAUAAGUAUAUACUAUUGGAAAGAUUAUGAAGGUAAAAUUGACCCAUUUCAAAAUAAUAUAUUAUUGCCAUUAAUAGUGUACACUAAUAACAAUUAAUUGACAGAGCCUUAAUUAAUAACAAAUCAUUACACCGCACCUUUUGGAGAAGCUUAUGUACCAGAUAUGAAAUUAGGGUUUUCUUAUGACAACGAUUAUAUAUACACUUCAGGUGAAAUGAUAGUUGAGAUAGUGUUGUGUUCAGAAAUAUAUUUAAAACCUGGUGAAAAAUGUGCAUCGCCAGAACUUACAGAACAAUUCUUUGCAUAGCCAAGCAAUGCGAUCUAGCUUGAAUUUUACACAACAUCAAUUAACCCUAUGGAUGGAUCAAAAUAACGCGGAUACUAGGAAUUCACUAUUUAAAUAGAGGUAACAAUAUUGCUAAACAGUGCAAUCUUAUUUUAAAACAACCUUAUUUGA